UUGACAUCACGGUGGCUGGCACUUCGUGCGUCUGAAAGUACGGGUUUGAACUGACGUAUUAUUUUUUCCACCUGGGACCUGACAAAAGUUGACAACUUCCAAAAUGCAGUCGGAAUCGGGAAUCGUGCCCGACUUUGAGGUCGGCGAGGAAUUUCAUGAAGAGCCUAAAACGUAUUACGAGUUGAAGAGUCAGCCGCUACAAAACAGUAAUCCAUCUGAGCAGCAGCAUGGCUCGUCUAAGCCCCCGCUGGGAAUGUCGGCCAUGACCUCUCGUAUCCUGCUCCGGCAGCAGCUGAUGCGAGAGCAGCUCCAAGAGCAGGAGCGGCGUGAGCAGCAGAGACGGCAGAACGCAGUGUACGGCCAGCACUCCAUCACCCAGAGCCCGGCCAUCAACGUCAGCGUGCCCACGGGCCUGACCAGUGCCACACAGGUGCCCAUGGAAGUGCUGAAGGUUCAAACUCAUCUUGAAAACCCCACUAAGUAUCAUAUCCAGCAGGCUCAGCGGCAGCAGGUGAAGGAGUAUCUCUCCACCACUCUGGGAGGUAAGCUUGGAUCGCAGGCGUUGAGCUUGCCGUGCCCCAGCCAGGCCACUGAUCACGGGGGAAUGCCUCCGGGGCCGGGCAACAGCGCCCCCAACAGUCCCAUGGCCUUACUGACCCUAAACUCCAACUGCGAGAAAGAGAUGGACGAUGUCAUUGACGACAUAAUUGGUUUGGAAUCAAGUUACAAUGAGGAUCUCAUUAGAUUCCCCUUGGACCCCGGGCUUCAGAUGUCAAACACGAUCCCUGUCUCAGCUAACCUCAUGGACAUGUACAGUAACCCAGGCAUACCACCUCCUGGAAUCUCUAUCAGUAACUCCUGCCCUGCUAACCUGCCCAAUAUUAAAAGGGAAUUCUCUGUUACUCCAUCUCCAGCCAUGAUGCACAUGAUGGACAAACCCAGCUCCUGUGGCAAGUUUGAGAACUAUCAAAGGCCUGAAGGGUUUCCUGUGGAGGCAGAGGUGCGCGCUUUCGCAAAGGAAAGGCAAAAAAAGGACAACCAUAACUUAAUUGAGAGGAGACGAAGAUUCAACAUCAACGAUCGAAUUAAAGAACUGGGAACUCUGAUUCCAAAAUCAAAUGACCCGGAUAUGCGCUGGAACAAGGGCACUAUUCUGAAGGCCUCUGUGGACUACAUCAGGAAACUUCAGAGAGAGCAACAACGUGCCAAAGAGCUGGAGAACCGACAGAAGAAGCUGGAACAUGCCAACCGCCACCUGAUGCUUAGGAUACAGGAGCUGGAAAUGCAGGCCCGUGCACAUGGACUGGCCGUCGCCUCCUCUACACUCUGCCCAUCAGAGCUGGCAGCCCGGGCCAUCAAACAGGAGCCGGUUCUGGGAGGCUGCACCCAGGAUAUGUACUCCCACGCGCACCCCUCCUGCCCGGACAUGGGCCGCUCAAGCACCCUCGACCUUAACAAUGGCACAAUCACCUUUAAUGACGCCCAUGGUCCGGGCUCUACCACUGAUACCGAGGCCUACAGUCUGAUCCCUAAGGCACAUGGCACCAAACUUGAUGACAUCCUGAUGGACGACACACUAACGGGUGUAGCAACAAACGACUCGCUGCUCACCUCCAUCUCACCUGGAGCCUCAAACGAAAGUAGCCAGAAAAAUAGCGUGAGCAUGGAAGAAAACGAGCAUGUUUGUUAGCUCUCGUUUGGCUGGUUAUUGGUUACAGUCUUCCAAUAAUGCGAUUGACUGCCGAAUAGGAAGCACAGCUUGUUUUAUCAAGUGCAAAGUAAUAUUAUUUUUUAUGUUUACACUCAUUUUAUUUUAUUGUAUUCUAACCUUAUCCCAGUUUUGCGUUCCUGGAGUUUUUAUCAUGUUACAAUAAUUCAGCUGUGCAUAAUAUCUAAAUAAUCAAGGUCAGUAUCAGAAAAAAGAUUGAUUUGUGUACUUUGCAUAGGUGUAUUUAGAAUAUAACUGAAUCAACUUUGGGAUAUUGUAAAAGUGCACUUGAAUGGUGAUUUUUCUCUGGUUGUACAGUAGCAUCUUUACGCAUAGUUUAGAAAAAUCUCUCUCUUUUAUAUCCCUUGUAAAGGAAUGAUUUAAACAUAAUACUUGCCAUUUAAUUAGUUUUUGUAGAUAUUAACAUUUUACAAAUACAAAUUAUUUUCUGCCAAUGAAUUAGUGUCACUAUUCUCUCAGGGGAAAUUCACUAAAAACUAAUUGGGCCAGCUGAUAGCAUUGUUUAUUUGCACUUUGGUGAUUCACUAAAGCAAUUAUGAAUACUAAAGGGGUGUUCGACUGCACUAUGCAUCUUAUUAAAUGGUGGUUAUAUCUAGGGCUGAAACGAUUAGUCGACAAUACAAAAUUGUCAACAGAAAGUUUUGUUGUCAAAUAGACAAUAUAUUCACAAAGAUUUAAUUGAAAUAUGCAUGAUGUAGAUGGUGCCUGGUUCGAAUGAAUUGCAGGUGGAAUGUCAAUAAGGUGCAAGUUUUUGUACUGAAAUAUUGCAUGCUAAAGUUGUGCCAUUGUUUAGUGAAUUCGUCCCUCAGAGCUGUUUUUUUUUUUUUUUUUUUCUGUUUUAAGGUUAUUUCACUAAGCUCCAUUGAUUCACACCACUGUGGGUAUUUUGGAAUGAUGGGAAUCAGGUCAUUUUGUCACUGGAAUAAUCUCCACAAUAUCCAAUUUAAGUUCAAAUGUGCCAAGAUCUGUAAGCAAUGUCCUGCUAGAAACAAACAGAGAAUGAUCUGCAAAACUUGGACAGUUUGACAAACAUUUAGGGUGGUAAUAGUUUCUGAAAACAAAAAUAGGCAGUUGUUAUUAGUGGUCUGUUUUAUGGUUAGUUGCUAUAUCUGUCAUUUAAUACAUUUUAAGAUUUAUUGUCAUGUAAAUGAACAUGAUUUGUUGUGGUUACUGUAUAUGCAGUGCCUAUAUAGUUAUACACUGCUUGUAGCCUAUAUUAUGAAUAUACCCAGAGGAUGCAUUUUAACACAAUGCAUCUCACAAUACAGUGCAAAGCAUUAAAUAAUCCAUGUGAAUGUGAACUUGCUUAGUAUUUCAGACUUUAGACUCGUCAUCUCCACUGAAAAAUAAAAAUUUUCAGGGGUGUUUUGGGGGGGCUAUAUAUCGCCUGGUGUUUCAGACUGUUUAGGAAAAUUAGGAGAAAAUGUAGGAUCAAAUAAAAUUUUUUUGUACUUCUCAAAAACACUGGAUGAACGCCUGUACCUUCAAAACUAAACAAAAAAAUGGUAUAUACAAAAUGUA